AUGGCGGUGAAGGCUACAGCGACUGAAAAUCGUAAUGAUGAAGCAGCUCACCCAAGGGUUGAAGAUGAAUCCAGCGGGAUUGUUCGGGGCUACAUCUGGGGAUGCCAUACCUACAAAUGGGUGUGGAUCCUGGAAUGUUGCUGCGAGCUAGAUACAUUCGAGUACUGGGUCGACUGCACGUUUUAUGCAGUCGUAAUUGCUGGGGGAGCCUUAGGCAUCACCCAGCAUAAGAAGAUCCUUGAUCCAGCGUGGAAAAAGAAACUGGGCAUCGCCAUUGCGGAGGUGGCCCAGUUUUUGAACAUCUGGGGCCAAGGAAAGGCCAUCAACAGGAUGAGGGAGAAGGAAGACCAUACCCCGUCAGUAAUUACCCUGACAUUCUUGGUGGCCAUCACCGUCAUUCUCUUGCACCCAAGGCUGAAGUGUGUGAAGAAGACGCUAGCAAUGGCGGCAAUGCUAUUCACCUUAUCCGUGAAAUUGGCUUUGGUGAUAGAUGGGGACAAAGAUUCCCACGGUUACACUCCGAUAGUGGUGUCGACCGGCUUCGCUGUCGAUUUCGUGGUAAGUGACACGUUGUCUCACACGCCCUUUCUGGUCCUGCCUAAGCCUUGAACGAUCUACGAGA